AUGGCAUAUCCCACUGGGAUUACAUCCUGGGCGAGUAAUCUCCCUGCCUGGAUGCCAAGGUUUAGCAAGCUGAGAGAUUACAAAAAGCUACUUAAGGCUGGUUAUGAGCAUUUUGGCAUCUCCACCUUCUCGAGGGCUGUAGAAGGGCGUUCCAGCCAUCCCAUCUCCUUUUUGCAGCUGCAGAGCUACUUUGCUGCCUGUGAGGACGAGACACCAGCCAUCAGAAACCAUGACAAGGUCCUGCAGCGGCUCUGUGAACACCUGGACCACGCUCUGCUCUACGGCCUGCAGGACCUUUCCUCGGGGUACUGGGUGCUGGUCGUUCACUUCACACGCCGAGAAGCCAUCAAACAGAUCGAGGUGCUUCAGCACGUGGCCACCAACCUGGGACGCAGCCGGGCCUGGCUGUACCUUGCCCUCAAUGAAAAUUCCUUGGAGAGUUACUUGAGGCUGUUCCAGGAGAACCUGAGCCUGCUGCACAAGUACUAUGUCAAGAACGCCCUGGUCUGCAGCCACGAUCAUCUGACCCUGUUCUUAACGCUGGUGUCUGGGCUGGAGUUCAUCCGCUUUGACUUGGACCUGGAUGCUCCAUACCUGGAUCUGGCCCCAUACAUGCCAGAUUACUACAAGCCCCAGCACCUGCUGGACUUCGAGGAGCGUCUGCCCAGCUCCGUGCACGGCUCCGACAGCCUGUCCCUCAACUCCUUCAACUCCGUCACCUCCACCAACCUGGAGUGGGACGACAGUGCCAUCGCUCCCUCCAGCGAAGAUUAUGAUUUUGGAGAUGUCUUUCCAGCAAUGCAGACCAUGCCCAGCAGAGACUGGGAAGACGGAGACCUGACGGACACGCUGAGCUGCCCGCGCUCCACCGCCUCGGAGGCCAACGGCAGCAAGGGCCCGGUGAAGAGCCCGACCCAGCGCCACAACCCCUUCAACGAGGAGAAGGCCGACGUGCCGUCCUCCAGCGACACCACGCCGGUGCACACGGCGGCCCGGGAGAAGGCAGAGGCCACUCCCGAGGGGACAGACCAGUCUGAGAGCUGCACGGAGCUGGAGGUCAUCAGGUUGGCCAAGAAGAAGAAAACGGGCAAGAAGAAGAAGGUGAAGGCCGAGGAGGUGGUGAACAGCCCGGCCCCCACGGCGCCCAAGGCCAGCGGGGACAGCGGCGUCAACGGGCUCAGUGACAGGGAGGAGCCGCCCAGGGACGAGGGUCCCGCUGCCCUGCGCAGGCCGGAGGAGGGGGGCGAGCGCCCGGCCCUCGGGCAGCUGGCCCUGCGCAUCCCCGAGAUGAAGGACACGUCCAUGGAGAGCCUGGGGCAGCCCCUCAGCAAGGUCAUGGACAGGCUCAACGGGCAGCUGGACCCCGGGGGCUGGAACGCUCCCCUGGAGCCCCCCGGGCAGCCCUUUCGGACCGGCACGCCAGGGGAGACCCCGGAUGGAUCGUCCUCUGGCGACUUUAGCGAGGGGAUUUCAGCCCCCAUGGACUUCUACCGAUUUACCGUCGAGAGUCCAAACGCUGCUGCGCCAGGUGGUGGCCACCAUGACCCUCCAGGGCCUGGCCAACCGCCACAUGUUUCUGGUAGCCCUGAGGCUCCUGAAGAAGAAGAAAGCAGAGAGGGAGAAGCAGUUGGGGCAGUAGAGGAGUCUGGAAGGGCGAGUGAUGAACCCCAAACUGGCCAGACAGAAACCACCAACCCCCAGGCUCCCUGUGAGCCCAAGAAGGAGCAGCCCAGCCCUUCCCUGAGCAGUGCCGAGGACUCUGGGGUGGAGGAGGGGCAGGGCAGCCCCUCAGAGCUGACCCAUCCUUCCGAGUUCAGGGUGGAUAACAACCAUCUCCUCCUGCUGAUGAUCCAUGUCUUUCGGGAGAACGAGGAACAGUUAUUCAGGAUGAUCCGAAUGAGCACUGGGCACAUGGAGGGGAACCUGCAGCUGAUCUACGUCCUGCUGACGGAUUGUUACGUGUACCUGAUCCGGAAAGGGGCAGCGGAGAAGCCGUACAUGGUGGAGGAGGCCGUGUCCUACAACGAGCUGGAUUACAUCUCGGUGGGGCUGGAUCAGCAGACAGUGACCCUGGUGUGCACCAACCGGAGGAAGCAGUUCCUGCUGGACACCGCCGACGUGGCUCUCACCGAGUUCUUCCUGGUCUCCUUGAAGUCAGCCAUGAUCAAAGGGUGCCGGGAGCCCCCGUACCCCAGUAUCCUCACGGAUGCCACCAUGGAGAAACUGGCGCUCGCAAAGUUCGUGGCACAGGAGUCCAAGUGUGAGGCCUGCGACGUGGUGGUGCGCUUCUACGGCCUCGUUCACUGGGAAGACCCCCUGGAUGAGGCGCUGGGACCCGCCAGCAACAGCUACUCCUCCAGUGAAAAUGCUGUCACCAAGGACGGCAUCCUGCACUACAAGGCAGGGACCUCCUACCUGGGCAAGGAGCAGUGGAAGACCUGCUUCGUGGUGCUCAGCAACGGGAUCCUGUACCAGUACCCGGAUCGCACCGACGUCACCCCCCUGCUCUCCAUCAACAUGGGCGGCGAGCAGUGCGGGGGAUGUCGACGCUCCAACGCCACCGACCGGCCCCACUCCUUCCAGGUGAUCCUGACGGACCGGCCCUCCCUGGAGCUGAGCGCCGACAACGAGGAGGACAUGGCCGACUGGAUGCAGUACUUCUGCCAGGCUGUCUCCAAAGGGGUGAUCCCCCAGGGUGUUGCCCCCACGCCUUGUGUUCCCUGCUGCCUCGUGCUGACGGAUGAGAAGGCCUUUACAUGCCACGAGGACUGCCAGACCAGCUUCUUCCGCUCGCUGGGCACUGCCGAGCUCACAGACAUCGCCGCCGUCUCCACGGAGGCUGGCAAGGAGUACUGUAUCCUGGAGUUUGCUCAGGACAGCAAGGAGUUCCUGCCCCCCUGGGUCCUCUAUUUUAGUUGCACUACAGAGCUGGAGAGGUUCCUGUCGGCGCUGAACGCCGCGUGGAGGAACAUCUACCAGGUCGAGCUCCUGCACAAGGCCAUCCUGGACGCGGCUGUCAAGAAGAAGUGCGAGGACGCCCAGAGCCUCAUUGACAGCGCGUGGCAGCGCAGCGACAGCCUGUGCCGCGGCCGGGCCGAGCGGGACCCCUGGUGCUGA